UCUCUCUCUCUCUCUCUCUCUCUCUCUCUUCAAAUCAGAAACUCCGAACUUCACACCCAUUUCGAAAAGAUGCCGUUGAGAGUUUUGGAUGCCACCAUAACAACCUUCGAUGGUGUAUUCGAAAAGUUCAGAUCGGAAACACCAGAUAACAAAGUCAAUCUCAUACUGUUCUUGGCUGACAAAGACCCUUCAACCUCUCUCAGCUGGUGCCCUGAUUGUGUGAGAGCUGAACCGGUGAUAUACAAAAAGCUGGAAGCAUCAUCAGACAAUGUCACACUCCUGAGAGCUUAUGUUGGAGAUAGACCAACUUGGAGGAAACCCGUGCAUCCAUGGAGAGUCGACUCAAGGUUCAAGCUCAUAGGAGUUCCAACACUCAUCCGUUGGGAAAAUGAAGCGACCAAAGGUCGCCUUGAGGACCACGAAGCCCACAUUGAACACAAAAUUGAUGCCCUCGUAGCUUAAGUUUUAGUUUCGACUUACCAGGGUGAUUUAGAGAUAAAUUUGCCGUUGAACUAUAUUUUCCAAACUUACUAUGGUUUACAUUUGUUAAAACAUGGUUAAGGACGUUGUAUCUUUGAUGGCCAUGAAAUACUUGGCACUGACAUGCCGCUUUAAAACCAAGUAGCUUAUUUCACUUGAGAAUAAAAGCUUAUCCUCUGAUUUUGUUUCCCUUCUUUUGAACCUCAAC